UUAUGUACGUCUCGCCUGAUGAGAAUGCCCUUUGGGUUAUUGUGCGUUUAGUUUUUGGAUUUGUACAGGGGCGAUUAUUUCUUCUGAAUCAGAUUGCCAGUUCCUUAGACCAAUGAUAAAUAUUUUCUGAAAGUUGCUUUUAGAAAGCCUAUGCAUGAUUCGACUCUCUCCAAAGCUCCCGAACCCCAACUCAAACUUCCUCUCUAAGAAGCACCAAUGUCUCUCUCUACUGAACCUAUGUGCUUCCACUAAACAACUCUCUCAAAUUCAAGCUCAAUUACAAGUUUCUGGUCUUUCCCAAGAUCCUUUUUUGCUUAGAAAGCUCGUUUAUUUUUAUGCUUUGUCUUCCUUCAAAAACUUGAACUAUGCACGAAUACUUGUUUACUACUCUCCCAACCCACCACCCGUUGCCUGGAACAUGCUCCUUAGGGGCUAUGCCUCCAGCCAUUCCCCUAUUGAAUCCAUUUGGGUAUUCCGUGAAAUGCGGAAUCGAGGAGUUACACGCACUAAGCUUACAUUCCCGUUCCUCUUCAAGUCAUGCGCUAUGGUAGUAGCACUUGGAGAAGGAAGGCAAGUGCAGGCAGAAGUUGUCAAGUGUGGUUUGGAUUCUGAUGUUUACGUUCAAAAUACUUUAAUCAAUUUCUAUGCUUCUUGUAAGAAAAUACUGGACGCUAAACAAGUAUUUGAUGAAAUGUCUGAGAGAACUGUUGUUUCAUGGAAUUCAGUUAUAGAUGCUUGCGUUGAGAACCUUUGGUUCAAAGAUGGAGUUGGGUAUUUUGUGACAAUGAGAGAUUUUGGGUUUGAACCGGAUGAAACCACCAUGGUUGUCAUGCUUUCUGCGUGUGCUGAGUUAGGAAACUUGAGCCUUGGGCGAUGGGUACAUUCCCAAGUAAUAGUGAGAGGCAUGGCGCUCAAUUGUCAGUUAGGUACUGCUCUUGUUGACAUGUAUGCAAAGUCUGGAGCUGUAGGUUAUGCUAAAUUUGUAUUCCAUAGAAUGGAAGAGAGAAAUGUGUGGACAUGGAGUGCAAUGAUUCUUGGACUAGCCCUACACGGGUUUGCCAAGGAAGCCCUUGCACUUUUCCCCAAAAUAAAUGACUAUCCUACCAUAACUCCAAAUUAUGUAACUUAUCUUGGGGUUCUAUGUGCUUGUAGUCAUGCUGGGAUGGUAAACGAAGGGUACCAAUACUUCCGGGAUAUGGAACAAGUUCAUGGGAUCAAACCCAUGAUGAUCCAUUACGGAGCCAUGGUUGAUAUCUUGUGUCGUGCUGGGUAUCUCAAAGAAGCUUACGACUUCAUACAGGGGAUGCCUAUUGUGCCAGAUGCAAUUGUAUGGCGAACCUUGCUUAGUGCAUGCACCAUUCAUGACGUUAAUGACCAUACUGGUAUAGGGCAUAAGGUGAGGAAGAGGUUGCUUCAGCUGGAGCCUAGGAGGGGAGGGAAUUUUGUUAUUGUUGCAAACAUGUAUGCUGAAAUAGGGAUGUGGGAGAACGCAGCAAAUGCUAGGAAGGCUAUGAAAGAUAGGGGGCUAAAGAAGAUGGCCGGAGAGAGUUGUAUUGAGUUAGGUGGGUCCAUGUAUACUUUCUUCUCAGGAUAUGAUUCUCGACCAGAAUUGAUGAUUGUUUAUCUCUUAUUAGAUGGAUUGAUUCUGCAUUUAAAGAUGGUUAAUUAUUUGUAGUAGCAAUAACUUUUGAUUAAUACAACAUUGUUGUUUAUCUAUUAUAUUUUUUAUUGGAAAUGGCCAACUUUUUUCC